GAUCCUGCAUUCACUCAGACACACAAAUACAUACCUACACCCUUUGGGCCUAUUUGGGACGAGAUUUUGUUACCAAAUGGCAUCUUUUAAUAGACUUUUCAUUGGUAGUAGUCGUCUUUCAUCAGUUGGGCCUAGAACAUCAUCAUCUCUUUUGAAUUGCUAUUCUUCUCUCCCUAGAACAACAUUAAUUACGACCAUCGAUAUGAAGUCCAAAUUCCAGCAAGUUUAUGAUACUCUGAAAUAUGAGCUACUUCAUGAUCCGUCAUUUGUAUUUGAUGACGAUUCUCGUCAAUGGGUUGACAAGAUGAUCGACUACAAUGUGCCAGGAGGAAAGAUGGUUCGAGCCGUUUCUGUUGUCGAUAGCUACUGGUUGCUUAAAGAAGAAGAAGAACUCACAGAUAAUGAAGUUUUUCUUGCUUGUGCUCUUGGUUGGUCCAUUGAAUGGCUUCAAGCAUAUCUUAUUGUCCAUGAUGACAUAAUGGAUGGCUCCUAUACCCGCAGAGGUCAACCCUGUUGGUUCAGACUAUCCGAGAUUGGCAUGAGUGCUGUAAAUGAUGGUGUUAUUCUUCGGAACCAUGUCUUCAAGAUCCUUAAGAGAUAUUUCCAUAAUAAAGUCUAUUAUGUGCAUCUGCUGGACCUCUUCAAUGAGGUGGAAUUUCAAACAGUCUCUGGACAAAUGAUUGAUGCGAUUGCUGCACAUGUUGGAGAGAAAGAUCUCUCAAACUACACCUUAUCUUUUUACCGUCGCAUGGUUGCAUACAAAAGCUCUUAUUACUCAUUUUACCUUCCGGUUGCAUGUGCAUUCCUUAUGUUUGGAGAAAGUUUGGAUGAUCAUAUUCAAAUGAAAGAUAUCCUUGUUGAAAUGGGUAUCUAUUAUCAAGUUCAGAAUGAUUAUCUUGACACUUUCGGUGACCCUAAUGUGUUUGGCAAGACCGGAACAGAUACUGAAGAACGUAAGUGUUCGUGGUUGGUUGUGAAAGCACUGGAACUAGCCAACGAGGAGCAAAAGAAAAUUCUCAACGAAAACUACGGGAUAAAGGAUUCAAGUUGUAUAGCAAAUAUGAAGGAACUAUACCAUACUCUCAACCUUGAGGGUGCCUAUGAAGAGUACGAGAACAAGACUAAUGAGGAGCUAGUCAAAUCAAUUGAAGCUUACCCAAACAAAGUAGUACAGGAAAUACUGAAAUCAUGCUUGACAAAGAUAUAUAGGAAGCAUAAGUAAUUAAUAGCUAGCUAGCUAGUUUCACUUUACUUUAAGGUUGUGUUUUAAAACUUAACUAGGCUCAAUAUAUUGCACGAUUAAUACCCGUACGAUAUACUAAAAUAUUUUUUAUGCUAAUAAUCAUGAAGUGGGCCUGAAAAAAUAUAUCUUUACGAA